AUGGAGCUUCUGUGUCCCAGUGCCAAGAGGAGGAGAUCUGAGGACCUCGCAGCCGAUGAGGCCCAGCCGCGGGCAACGGAAGCCACGGAGGCGGCCAAUCUCGAACCUACAACCCACAGCAAAGAACCGCCGCCGCCGCCGCCGUCUGAAGCUGCUGGUGGUGGUGGUGGUGGCGGCGGCGGCGGCGGCGGCGGCGGCGAAGACGACGUCGACCGCAUCAGCGGCCUCCCCGACGCCGUCCUCGGUGAGAUAGUUUCGCUUCUCUCCACCAAGGAAGCUGCUCGUACCCAAAUCCUCGCCUCCCGGCGGCGCCACGUCUGGCUCGCCUCCCCUCUCGUCCUCGACGGCACAGACCUCUCCACCGAGCCCAAGGCCUACCCCCGCGACGAUAAGAAGCUUAACGCCGCCAACGAGGCCCUCGCCAGCGCUGUCUCCCGCAUCCUCUCCGCCCACCCGGGCCCCGGCCGCCGCUUCUGCGUCCCGCCGCACUUUCUCCAGGACCGUCCCGCCACCGUGGACGCCUGGCUCAGCUCCCCGGCGCUUGCCAACCUCCAGGAGCUUGAUUUCUGGGAUAUGAAAUAUUGGUAUAUGCAACCGUCUCCGUUGGCACCGCCACCUGCCUCUACUUUCCGGUUCUCGGCUACCCUCCGAGUUGCUACCUUCGGCAAAUGCGAGCUCCUGGAUAGUUCAGUGGAAGGGAUUCACUUUCCCCACCUCAAGCAGCUCGGCCUUGAAGAUGUCAGCAUCUCCGAGGGCUCACUGCAUACCAUCAUUUCCAGCUGCCCUGUCCUGGAGUGCCUGCUGCUUAGAGACAUCUUUGGGGUUGGCUGCCUCCGGAUUAGUUCCAGUAGCCUCAGAAGCAUCGGUGUGGGUGUUGGUCGUCUUAGGGAGAAUCUCCAGUUCUUACAGGAAGUCAUAAUUGUCGAUGCCCCUUGUCUUGAAAGAUUUCUCUAUCUUGGCAAGCCAAUGAAUUUAACUGUAAUCUCGGCACCUAAACUGGAGACCUUAGGCUGUCUUAUUGAUGAAUGGUCUCAUCCUCCCUGGCUUGUGUUUGGCACCACAUCGAUUCAGGGAUUAAAAGUUGUAAGCCUGACAACGGCAUUGAGCAAUGUCAAGACUCUAGCCGUCGCAUCAGAUUUUAUUGAUCUUGAUACGGUCAUUGAGUUGAUGAAAUGCUUUCCAUGUCUGGAGAAGUUAUACAUAAAGGGAUUUCAUUAA